AUGCCCAAGGGUCAAUAUGAUAGAUACAACACAGACCUUAGUAAUGUUUUUGGUUCCACUGUCAAGGUGAAAAAAAAGAUAAAGUCUAUCAGAAAUUAUCUCAGAAAGGACACUCUACCAGCUGAUGUGAGAAUCGAAAAGGAAAGAGCCUUAAAGGCUUUACUUGUUGACUUGAAGAAUUCUCAGUUCAAUUUGAAGACCAAAGAAAGAGCUAAGAAGUACCAUAUGGUACGUUUCUUUGAGAGGAAAAAGGCUGUUCGGAAGUUAAAACAAGCCACUAAAGCAUUGGAUGAGGCCACCAAAGAAGGUGUCAAGAAAGACAUCAAGAAGGCAAGAAAGGUGCUUAAGCAUGCUCAAAUCGAUGUCGCUUACGUCUAUUUGUUCCCUAAGUCCGAAAAAUACAUCUCUCUAUAUCCCAUCCCACCUCUGGAAGAAGACUUGGCCGAUGAGAAUAUCCGGAAAGGCUUGCAUAAGACAGAUGAGAAAAGACAGAGUUUCAAAAAGAAAGUAGAAGAGAUUAUUGACAACGACAAGUUGCCAUUCACCUUCGACGAUAUUUUGGCUGGAAAGACCAUCCAAGUCGACAACACGAGGUUGCCUGGCCAAGAAGAAGAGAUUGAUGCUCCACAACAACAAGAACAAGAAGAAGAAGAGGACGAUUUCUUCGAAUAG